CUGCGUUGAUGUGUAUUUGGUCUUAUACAUAGUUUAGUAAGAGUGUGCUAGAUUUUGGGUUGGUGUAAAAUAUCGCUAGGUAACGAUACCAUUUUCUCUAUCAUGUUCUUUCUAUCAAUUAUCCAUUCACUUCGAAUGUACUACUCGCCACUGUGAUCAUUCGUUAGCUACCUGACACAGGAGAAAUGGCUUCUCCAAACCAAGCCUUUGCAUCAGUUUUCCACUGAUGCCAUUACCCAUUUCCAGGAACACUGCAAUGCUAUUUGCUGCAGAUUAUUUCCGGAAGGCGGUCCCAGUUGUGUCAGAUAUUUAUGCUAAUCACGCGGAGCUCUGCGCUUUUUAAUCCACGCCCAGGCAGUGCAGAUAGAGAAUAGUAUCUGAAUCUUUCGUGGAGCAGGACAAAGAUAACGACGCCAUGUCAGACAAACCAAAUCUUUGUGAAAUCAUACAGUUUGAUAAGAAAAAACUGAAGAAGAUAGAAACCAAAGAAAAAAACCCUUUACCAACAAAAGAGACAAUUGAAGAGGAAAAGAGACAAGAAUCAGCAUCAUGAAUGUGAAAUGGGGGAGAUGCAACUUUUAAUGUUUUUUUUUUAAGUUGACUGAUUUUAGUUUCAAAAUCGUGACAGCUAUUCGAGUCAAGGAUGGGACUGUUGGAGUAUCCACUACAAUCUCAAGACAGGGACUAUUUCCUGUAAUGCACCGGGACCAAAUUAUUAAUAUAACGGUGAUUGGAUCGUAUGGUCUUAGGAAAUAAUGUAUUUGUGCACUAAAUAUGUGAAGUCAGUUUAAUUUUAUUUUGUGUAUUCAAAUUCAUCUGUUUAUUGACUCUUCUAUGCUUAAUAUGUUACAAAGCAAAUAAAGACCAAUGAAAUAA